AGCGGUAAGUGCGGCCUGAGGCGGGCGGGAUGGGCGGCGGGGACCGGACCCCCGGGACCUGGUGACCCCCUUCCUUCCCUCUCUCCUCCCUUCCUCCGGCCCUGCCCCGUGCAGCGGGGUGGCUGGUGUAGGCGGCCCGGCCGCGGUGCUGAGGAGGGGAGUCGCAGGGGAGGGUCCGAUCGGAGGGAGCCGAGUGUCGGAGGGUAAUCAUGGAUCAGGUAAUGCAAUUCGUGGAACCCAGCCGUCAGUUUGUGAAAGACUCCAUACGACUUGUUAAAAGAUGCACCAAGCCUGACAGGAAAGAGUUCCAGAAGAUUGCCAUGGCAACAGCAAUAGGCUUUGCAAUAAUGGGAUUUAUUGGUUUCUUUGUCAAACUGAUCCACAUCCCCAUCAACAAUAUCAUUGUAGGCGGCUGAAUAUUUAUCAUGAAGAACAGGAUGUUGUGACAUUUGCUGCAAAGAUUUCACAGCUUUAACUUGUUUUCUAUUAAACCAGCUCAGUUUGGGUUUUCAAA